AUACCAAAAGAAUUUACAUUUGAGCACUGCAACGCAUAGAUUCUGGAAAUUAAAUAGGUUUCCGUGGACAUUGUAAAUAUGCCUGCAUUCGCCUUGUGACAACAACAGCAGCAAGGCGCAAUUAAAUAUUGGGACGAGCUAAAACUCAUUGGAACUGCUGCAAGAUGUCCACCGAGGAGUACGUGUGGCGCGACCACGUUGUCCAGAAAUUGCGUGAGCGAGACCGCAAGGAGUGUGAAACCUUCAAGGAGAUCAUAGUGCAAAACAACCGGCUUAUAGAUCACGUUGCGCAGCUCAAAUCGGACAACCUGAAAUUGUCUGUGGAGAACGAGCAACUGCGAAAUGCUGUGUCAACAGGUGGCACCGGCCCCAAUGUAGCCAUAGCUACGCUGGAAAAGAAGCUGCUAGCGCAACAAGAGGAACUGACGGAUCUGCACAAGCGGAAGGGUGAACACUCCCAAAUGAUUGUCGAUUUAAAUCUGAAAGUGGAGCAGCAAAAGGAGCUUAUUGCCGAACGGGAGCACAGUCUCUACGAACAACAAACUGCCAACAAUCGCUUACGGGCUGAGGUGCAGCUGUUACACUCCAGCUUGGAGGAACUUAAAAAACUGAAUACAACAUUGCUUGAUGAGCACACGGCGCUUCAACUGGCAUUCAGUUCCCUCGAGGAUAAGAUGCGCAACGUACAGGAUGAAAAUCGCUACUUGUUGGAAAGAUUAAUGCGCUAUAGGGCCAAAGAUGCCGAUAAACUGAAUGAGGAAAACGAAAGUAUCAUAAGAAAAAGACUGCCGUCAAUUUUCAGAAAACGUUCGGCAAAACUGAAACGUGACCUGGAAGACGCCGUUCGUGAGCCCAAUUCGGCAAUAAACCAGAUAGUUCCUGCGACCGGCAGCACCCCACUGCAUCGUAACUCGAGUCCAGCCCAGUUUAGCGGGACUACUGUGAGCGACGAGGAAAUCGAUGAGGGCUCUAUAAACGGCGCCAUGGAAGCUUUGGGACUCAAUGAUGAGGAAUACAUCAGUGCAAGAUUCACAGCCGGUGAAAUUGGCCAUGAUAUAGCACGGAUCGGUGCGAAUAUGUCCAUGGAAACACUGAAGGCGGCAGGCUACCUGGGCCAGCCAAAUCCGACCAAAAUACUGAUGAAGUUUGAAGCCCACGAGAACGAGUCGCAUGCAGUACGCUGGAGUCCGGUAGAGCGCAUGGUAGCUACGGGCGGCGCCGAUCGAAAAGUCAAGCUAUGGGAUAUCGGCAAAAGUUCUACGGAGCCCCGUGCUGUGCUUAGUGGUAGUAGUGCCGGGAUUAACUCCGUCGAUUUUGACUCGACCGGCGCUUACAUUCUGGGUACAUCAAACGAUUACGGCGCUCGAGUAUGGACGGUAAUGGAUAACCGGUUAAGGCACACACUGACGGGUCACAGUGGCAAGGUGAUGGCCGCCAAAUAUGUCCAAGAGCCAAUUAAAGUGGUUACCGGAAGUCAUGACCGCACUUUAAAGAUCUGGGACUUACGCAGCAUUGCCUGCAUCGAGACCAAGUUUGCCGGCUCCAGUUGCAAUGAUCUGUGCACAACGGAUAGCCUCGGCUCGACAAUAAUCAGUGGCCAUUACGAUAAGAAGAUCCGCUUCUGGGACAUACGAACGGAAAAACAAGCUGACGAUGUGCUUAUGCCUGCCAAAAUCACCUCGCUGGACUUAUCAAAGGAUUGCAAUUACCUGAUAUGCUCCGUGCGAGAUGAUACAAUAAAACUAUUAGACUUACGCAAGAAUCAAGUUAUAUCCACAUUUUCAAACGAGCAUUUUAAGAUCAGCUGUGAUUUCGCCCGGGCUGCUUUUAAUAAUUGCGCUUCAAAGAUCGCCUGCGGAUCGGCAGACGGGGCAAUAUAUAUAUGGAAUGUGAACGGAUUUCUCGAAACUACGCUCAAGGGCCACAGCACGGCCGUGAAUGCAGUCAGUUGGAGUCCAAACAGCAAUUCGCUGGCGUCUGUGGGGAAGAGUAAAAGAUGCAUCAUUUACUCCGACUCGUAGCCCAAACUGAAACUGCGAAACAAAUGAAUACAUAUAAGCAUAUAGUUCCGGAUGAUGCAUGUAACUGAGUACAGCAAGUCAGCCUUGGGUCAUUGGCUACCACCUCCUUAAAAUUAUUAUAUGUAUUUUCAUGUUAUAUUAUUAUAUCUUGUAUCUUGAACCAGCUUUUUACCGAUUCAAAUUUUUAUGUAAUCAACUUUUUUACACACACACACCCACACAUAUUUUGUAUGAAAUUCUUAUUAUAGAGUUAACUUUAGAUGGUUACCC